AUGGCGAUCGCCGGUACCAUGUCGUGGAGGCUAUUUAACUCUGUGACGAGGAGUUUCAUCAAGGGCAGUUUUGCUGCGAGGGGAGCCCACAGAUGCUACUCAUCUGGCGAGCAGAUUGUCAAGCCAGUACGAAUUAUAAAUCAGCCUCCAGGGUCUGAGAUGCACAUAUCAGAGAGGGCUUUCAAAAGACUGAGUGAGAUAUAUCGCGAGAGUAAAGAAGUGUUGAAGAUUGCCGUGGAAAGCGGCGGUUGCCAUGGGUUCCAGUAUAAUAUGUCUUUGAUACCGGACGCUGAGGCGGAAAAGCGGAUUGGAGAGCUGGAAACUGGAGCUCCCGAACCUCCCACGAGGCUUGAGGGGGAUGGGGAGAAGGACGAGUUUGAUGACGAUUUUAAGGACAACAGAGAAGUCAUCUUCGUUUUGCCAGAGGAAGGCGGGAAGGUCUUAGUAGAUGAAAACUCUCUCAAGAUACUGAAUAAGACAACUCUAACCUACAGCACUGAGCUGAUCGGUUCGACAUUCAAGAUAACGGGCGGUAACCUGAAAAGCAGUUGCGGUUGUGGUAGCAGCUUCGACGUAGAUACAGAACAGUGA